ACAAUGCCUUUGUUUCCAUGUUGAGGCCCAGAUGAGCUCAGGGAUGCCCUUAGUUGGAACUGGAGGCUCCUCCAGCUGGUGCUGAAGCCAGUGUUUUCUGAGAGGGAUGGGCCAAGAGGAAGUGUGUGGGGUGGCAGGAGGCCAGAUUUUAUCAAGAUCAGGUUGGGACAGGUUCUGUUUCCCAAAAAUGACAAAUUGGAGGCCAGUAGGGUUCGCAUAUAAAUCCCUACCCUGAGUGUCUUGGCCGCUGUCCUGGGUCUCUCCACCACCUGGUCUGAUUCAAGAUGUCCAGUCCACUGGAAGAGGCUCUGGCUGUGAUGGUCUCUACCUUCCACAAGUACUCCGGUAAAGAGGGUGACAAGUUCAAACUCAGCAAGGGGGAGAUGAAGGAGCUUUUGCAUAAGGAACUGCCGAGCUUUGUGGGGGAGAAGGUGGAUGAGGAGGGACUAAAGAAGCUGAUGGGCGACCUUGAUGAGGACAGCGACCAGCAGGUGGACUUCCAGGAGUACGCCGUGUUUCUGGCCCUGGUCACCAUCAUGUGUAAUGACUUCUUCCAGGGGUCCCCAGCCCGGCCCUGAAGCAGAGCGCUGCAUACCCUGCUGUGUGUCUCCC